AUGCACAUAAAAAACAUUUUGAUUUCGGGAUUUCGUUCCUACCGGGAUCAAUCGUUUCAAGUGGACCUUUCACCAAAGAAUAACGUUAUUGUGGGGAAGAAUGGCUCCGGCAAAUCAAACUUUUUUGCCGCCGUUCAGUUUGUUUUGAGUGAAAAGUACACUACUUUAACGGCUGCUGAAAGAAAGGAACUUUUUCAUGCGGGUUCUGGAAGACCGGCCUUGUCCAUUUUUGUUGAAAUUAUUUUUGAUAACUCAGAUGGCCGUCUUAUCAUCCCUGGUCGAGCUGAAGAGAAAGAAGUACGAAUACGACGUACUUUGGGAUUGAAACAGGACGAAUUUCGAGUAAAUGAUCGUCGGUUUACAGCAACAGAGGUAAGGCAACUGCUGGAAAGUGCAGGAUUUUCUUCAAGCAAUCCAUACUAUAUUGUGGAGCAGGGUAAGAUUGUCAACAUGGCCAAUAUGAGUGAUGAGGAAAGAUGCCAACUUAUCAAAGAUGUCGCUGGCACAAGAGUCUAUGAGUCUAGACGAAAAGAAAGUGAGGAAAUUUUGGAAGAAACCUCAGGCAAAUAUAGGAAAAUAGAGGAUUCUAUUGACCAGUUACAAAAAAGAUUGACAGAACUUGAGGCUGAAACCGCUGAAUUAAAGUCUCUUCAAGAAAUUGAGAGGGAGAGAAAAUGUGUCGAAUACUCCAUCUUUUUCUUGGAAUUGGCGAAUGCCAAAGAGUGCCUACAGAAGUUGGAUGAAGAACGAAGUAAAUACGUUUCUUCUUUAAAUGAACAACGAGAUGCUGAAAACAAUACGAAUAGUUCUAUUGAAAUAGAAGAGAAAAAUAUUCGUAAUUGCGCGCAACGCAUUGCUCAUUUGGAAGGUGAAAUGCAGACGCUGGAAAGAGAGGCAACGAAACUGAAUAGUAAGAAAGCCAUUGCCCAAUUGGAUGUUGUCGAUGCUAAGAACUCCAUAAGCCGUAAUGAAAGGGAAAGACUAGCUCUUCAAAAAGAAGUCGAGAAUUUGGAAAAAAAUGCAGAAAAAGUGAAAAAGGAUUUGGAGUUAAGCAGAAACAACCUGAAUCAACACCAGAGAACAACAGAUCACAAAAGUAAUGAAUUGGCCAGUUUGGAAAAGAAGCUGGAAGCUCUCCUUGCUAAAAGAGGGAGGAGGAAGCUUUUUAAGAAUAAAAAGGAACGUGACGUAUGGUUAGCUGGAGAAAUAGAGCGAAACAGAAAUACCAUAGAGACUCACAGAAAGGAGAUUACUCGCAUAAAGAAGAGCAUAGAGGAUAUUGAUAAUCGUAUCCACGAAGAAGAUAAGAAUCAGAAGGAAAAAGAGGCUGCGACAAAGAAGGUGGAAACAAAAUUGGCCGAUCAUGAAACUCGCAGGGGUAGAGCAAUAACUGUGCGAAAUACUCUAAAUAUGGAGCGAAGAAGUUUGUGGCAAAAGGUCAAUGAACAAGAAAUUAUUGUUCAAAGAUUACAGGACGAAUGGAGUCGUUCACGACAUCAACUUGAGCGUGCCGUUCGACAUGAUACUCGUCAGGGAAUACAAUCACUUAGGGAAGUGUUACACGAACUUGCCGAUGAAAAACUCACCAACGCUGUUCAUGGCCAAUUAAUUGAGCUAAUUGAUGUUGGAAAAGGAUACGAAACGGCCGUUGAGGUGACUGCGGGUAAUGCACUUUUUAAUGUUGUUAUUGAUUCCUUUGAUGUGGGCGCCCUUAUUCUCGAUCAAAUCAAUUUAAAGAAGAAACCAGGACGUAUUUCUUUUUUCCCACUGGAUACAUGCAAAAGUGAACCAAUCCGAUUUGAUGGAAAAGAAGGCUGUAGUUCUCUCAUGGAGCAUAUUUCUUGUAAUCCGAGAUUUAAGGGAGUCGUUGCUGAGGUAUUUGGAAAAACGGCGAUUGUAUCGUCAAUGGAGGAAGGUUCCAAGUUUGUGAAAGAAUAUAAUUGUGAUGCUGUGACAAUGGAAGGGGAUCAAAUCAGCCGCAAGGGCGGCAUCACAGGUGGAUACUUGGAAUCUCGCAAUUCGAGACUAUUAUCCUUCAAUAAUGAAAAGAAACUGUCUGAAAGACUGGCAAAUGAGAAGACUCUACUUGAAAAGCUUUGUCAAGAAGUGGCUGUUGUUGAACAGAAGAUAACCGACGCCAUGAACGAGAUUGAAUCAUUAAGAGGAGAGGCCUCCAGGGCAGAGAAUGACGCAGAUGCAGAUCUUCGAGAUGCUCGUCUUCAUGACGAGCGGAAAGUAAGAUUGGAGAAGCAUCGGGAACAAUUAUUGGAGACAAGAAAAUCUUUGGAAAAGGGUAUGGCUGAUGCAAACAGUUCUCUGGAACUUUUGCAACAGGAGGCAAAAGAAGAUUUUGUGUCAUCAUGGGGGGAAAAGGAAGAGAGUCAUCUAGAGUCUGUCAUUACGGAAGUGGAUAAAACUCGAGAGGAUCUCUCGGCGCUUCAGCUACAACGUGUUCAGAUAACCACCGAGGUUCAGUUAUUGGAAGAUACACUUCAAAAUAUAACGCGUCGGUUGAAUAUUGCGCGUGAUCGUAUUCGUGAACUUCUUUGGGUAAAUACAAACAAUCAGACUUUGACAAGGGAACAAGGAAAUGUGGAUGCGGAAAUUUCUUUAGUUUCUGCGCGAAUUGAGACUGUUCGACAAUCAAUUGCUGAAACGACAAACGAGAAGAUGGCAAGUGAAGAGAAGCUGGAAGUCUUGAAAAACAAACAAUUUGCUUCAGCCAGGGCUGUUCAGGAACGAAGAGACAAUGAUGAAAAAAAGCAGAUUCAGCGGACACUUCUUGUACAGCGCCGCGAUGAUGCCAUGGAAAAGAUACGGAAGUUGGGUAUUGUUCCCAAAGAUGCAAGUAAAUAUUCUGGACAGUCUCUCGGAAUGUUAAUGUAUCGUCUAAAAGAAAAUAAUGAGAAGCUUAAGAAGUAUUCACAUGUGAACCGGAAAGCAGUGGAUCAAUAUUCAUCUCUUAUGGAGACCAAAAAUGAAUUGGUUGGACAAAAGGAAAUUCUUCAAAAUGAAUUAAAAAGUAUUCACGACCUAAUGGAACAUCUUGACAAGAAAAAAGAUGAGGCGGUUGAGCGAACAUUUAAACAGAUGCAGUAUCAAUUUGAGGUGGUUUUUAAAGAAAUUGUAGCUACUGAGGAUUGCCAUGGGGAAUUACAACUUGUUCGAUCAGCAGCCAAGAAAAAUGCAGGAGAAGAUCCAUAUAUUGGUGCUAGAAUUUGCGUUUCUUUUGGACUUGGUAACGCCAUAACAGACCUUGGGCAGUUAAGUGGUGGACAAAAAUCACUUGUUGCCCUUGCAUUAAUCUUUGCCAUUCAGCGCUGUGAUCCGGCACCGUUUUAUCUAUUUGAUGAAAUUGAUGCUGCACUAGAUGCAGAAUACCGUUCUUCAGUCGCAAAACUUAUCUUGAAAGACUCUGAAAAUUGCCAAUUUAUCACUUCAACCUUCAAGACGGAAAUGCUUGAAGCCGCAGAUCGCGUUCUUGGCGUGUUCUUUCAUAACAAGACAAGUCGGAUUCAGGCCAUUUCUCUUGAGGAGGGAGUGAAACUAUUGAAGCAGGCAGCCUUUGAAGAAAGGAAAAGGACACGAGAGAUUGAGGAGUAA